UGUAUAUAAGUGGAGCCAGCGCUCUUACAGCUUUCAUCUGACCAACGCCUGAAGGUUCACUCGCAACAAUGUCAAAGAGAGGUUUUUUGGAGCGUUUGGAGAAUGGCGGCGAUGUCCUCAUGGCUGAAGGGUUCGUGUUCGAGUUUGAGAGAAGGGGAUAUCUCCGUGCCGGGCCGUUUGUUCCAGAGGUUGUUCUGGAAUAUCCCCACCUUGUUAAGAGUCUGAGUGAGGAGUUUGUCCACGCUGGAAGUGAAGUCGUUCUGGCGUUUACUUACUAUGGGCACCGAGAGAAGCUGAGGCUGAUCGGCAAGGAGCAUCUCCUGGAGAAGCUCAACAAGGAAGCCUUGAAGAUUGCCAAGGAGGUUGCUGACGAGUCUGGGACACUGAUGGCUGGGAAUAUCUGCAACACCACUAGGUAUAGGAAAGACAGCCAAGAACAUAUUGAACAGACAGAGGCCAUAUUCAAGGAACAGAUAGAGUGGGCAGUGGAGUAUGAUGCUGACCUUAUACUUGCUGAAACUUUUGUGGAACUUGGGGAAGCCAAACUUGCUCUCGAGUGCAUCCAGAAGUACGGGCAAGGCAAACCGUCUGUUGUCAACAUUAACCCUAUUGCCGCCAACAAAACACUUGAUGGCAUACCCUACGCUGAAGCCUGCCGCCAGCUGGAAAAAGCAGGAGCCGACGUUGUUGGCUACAACUGUUGUCGGGGACCAGCCACAACCAUCCCACUUCUCCGGGAGCUGAGAAAGACAUGCACGGGGCCGAUUGCAGCCUUCCCUGUCCCCUACAGAACAUGUGCUGAGUUCCCUACCAUGCAGUCGCUCAUUGACCCCUACACAGGCAAGAGGGCCUUUCCAGAUCUGUCCUCACAACUCUGUGGUGUUGCGGAGGUGACGGAUUUCGCCAAGGAAUGCAAAGACAUCGGUGUCCAGUUCGUCGGCCUCUGCUGUGGCAACACGCCAGCCAUGACGAGAGCCGUCGCCGAGGUCUACGGUCGUCGUCCACCUGCCUCCAUAUUCACUCCAAACAUGGAAAAACAUUUCAUCUUCGGAAAGGACAAGUACUUCUCCGACAACUUCUACCUGACCCAGCUUAGAGAAGGCAUGUCGAAAACGUACUGAUCGGACAAGAACUUGACUCUGUUUUAAAUGCUGUGCAAAGCUGACAUGUCAUCCGUUGAUCACGUUGUGCUAUUAUGUAAAUAUCCAAGAAUUCACAAAUGCAUACAUAUAUGCAUUGACAUAUUUAUUUUGUGUAGCUGGUAACGGAUUUACUGUCCGUCUGGAAAGUUAAUAUGUGGUUUCUCAGAAUUCUUAAGGUCUUCACAUUGAAGCUGUAACCUUGCUUUCCUGAAGAAAGUUUGUGAGUUUUGUGAAUUCGUUCCAGCUCCAAAGUUGUUUUGUUGUCAUAUCUAAAUAAAAUUGUUUCAAAUCAAAA